AUGACAGCUACAAAGAGGCCAAUCCUGGGUUCACAUCAUCCUGACUUGGGGUCGUCAAUCCCCUCGUCUCGGGCCGACAAUGACUUCCUGCGGCGUAUCGAAGCUCUGGUGGGCAGGUCAGUUACCGCCAUCAGAGCUUCUAAGUUCAGAAGACUAAUAAUGGUGGUCGCCUUUCUCACAACCUGUUCGAUCAUUCUGUGGGUUAAGGUCAUAGCUCCCAUCAUCCAGGAAGGGAGAUCUGCUUGGUCUGCCCUCAAGUCAAGUUCAGUGGUUGCAGACACCGUGAACGAAGCCAGCCAUCCCAAAUUUCCGGAUAUGGUUUUCGUCAAGACACUAGAUCCUGCAUUGCUUCCACAGUCUUCCACCGGUGAUGCUAGCUCCCGCUCCAGGAAGACGAGGUUGAUAUUUGUGGGCGAUAUCCAUGGUUGCAGGAUGGAGCUGGAGGCCCUGCUGAAGAAAGUACAAUUUCAUUCUUCGACGGAUCAUUUGAUUUCCGUUGGAGAUAUUGUUUCCAAAGGACCGGAUUCGCUCGGGGUGAUUGACCUGCUGCGUCGUUGUAACGCUUCGUGUGUGCGCGGGAACCACGAUGACCGUCUUCUGUUGACCGCGCUGCAACUUCGAUCAAAAGCGUCCGGGACAGGCGCGGAUAACUAUGCAGGAAUGGAUUCAACUGACGAGUCUGCCGAAGCGACUGAUCCUGUGCAGCAGUUGGCGAAGUCGCUCAAAGCGGAGCACCUGGAAUACCUACAAUCCUGCCCGGUGAUUCUUCGUCUAGGGUCAUUGGAAGCUUUCAACGGUGAUGCGGUGGUGGUGCACGGUGGGCUCAUUCCGGGUCUAGCUCUGGGAUCCCAAGACCCUGUGUCGGCCAUGAACAUGCGGAUUGUUGACCUUGCUACACGUAUACCUUCUAAGAAGCACAAGCAAAAAGGAAGUGUUGCUUGGUACAGGUUAUGGAACAGAUACCAACAGCUACUGCCCGUGCGCCAGCGCUUUGACAACUUGAAGGGUGAUAAAGGUCGAGAAUAUGAAAAACCUGUGACUGUCGUUUACGGUCACGAUGCCAAAAAAGGCUUGCAAAUCCACAAAUACACCAAAGGACUCGACAGCGGCUGUGUCAAUGGAGGUAAACUCACGGCUUUGGUCGUCGAGGGUAACGGAAAGCAAAAGCUUUUUCAAGUCGACGGCAAGAACUAUCGGGACGGAGCAUCGCUUCCAGUUGAUGUUCUUCGAGAUGGCGCGCCACCAUACCCUGCAGCCGAAAAGGCAGGUUGA